AACACAUAAUAUCACCUCUUCUUCCUCUGACCUCAACCUCUUCAUAUCCAUGGCAGUCUUUAGCCGGCCCCUCUUCUUCUUCCUCCUCCUCACUCUCUUCUCCUCCUCCUCAUUCCAUCUGAUUCAGGCCGUGAGAGACGCCCAAUAUUUCUUCAACAAAAUCCCAAGCACCAAUGAUAAUGGCUACUACCUCCCCAAAACAGAGCAAAAGCAGCAGAUCAGUAAUUUCCCAGAACAAGAAGAAGAAGAACCGAAAUUUUCCACCGAGAAUGAAAAUAGCCAUGGUCUUUUCGGGCAGGCCACGACCGCCGCCGCUGAUCAACGACAACAACCCGACAAAAGAUACCUUCCCAAAAACUACAACCCUGUUUCAUACGUUACUGUCGCCGAAGACAGCCCUGUAUCCGACGCCGCCGGCGACGAAGAGGAGUCAGAGGCAGAGGACGUAGAUGAUUCUAGUUUCGUGAACGAAAAAGAAUUCAAACCAACCACCUCCUCCGCCGCCGCCGGCCUCGACGGAAAUAGAUACUACGACAAUAGCGACCGGCAAUCAAGCAUGCCCAUUGAUGAAUCUGCUUCUUUCAUGGAGCAGAGCCGCCGCGGCCACAACUCCGCCGGUGCUUCCGCCGCCGGCGAAGAGAAUAACUACUACGGCAAUGGUGCCGGAGUAGAGAAGAUGGGUAUGAGCGACACGAGGUUCUUGGAGAACGGGAAGUAUUACUACGAUGUGAAGACUGAAAAGUACGCGAGACAUCCAUUGGAGAAUGCAGGAAUUGACCUUGCAUCUCUGAAGAACAGCGUCCGGCCGAAUCAAUUCGUGGACACUGCCCAGUUCCAGGACAAUGAAAAUCAGCCUUGAUGAUGAUGGGAUUUUCUUUACGUUUAGUGUUUCUUUUUCUUCAAUUUCACAAAAAACGUGCAACCCAAACAUUCAAUUAAAGUAAAAAGAUGAGCCCAGGCGAGGCCAUCAUGUUGUCUUAUUAAUCAUUUUCCAGUGUCAUUUAUCUAAUAUCGUACGGAGUAUUUGUUUAACGGGUUUGUUGUUUUCGGUGCUAUGCAAGUAUGGAACAACUAGCUUUUAGUGGAGCUAUGUUUGAAUAACCAUUUGAUCUCAAAAGUAAUUGAAAUUUGAUCAAUUAAGACAAUUAA